CAUCUUUUUAGACCGUAAAAUAAUAUAUGGCGUGGUCGGUCGGAUUUAAUGAAGAGUAUCAAAAAAGGAUCAUCAAAUUUUAGUUUUUUUCUAGGUUAUUAAUCACAUGCGAAGAGGUCUCGUUGGACGGACUGUCGACUACAAAAUUAAUUUCAAUGAAAUACAAAGAAGAUAACAUAAUUUAUCUAUUAAAUAUUUAACACAGAGUGCCUCACAUGAUUUAAAUAAAAAUCAGUUUCAUACUCUUCAAGCAACUUUGCUUUUUCCUCAGUUCCCUUUCUACCGCUCAAAUGUCACAACAUUCAAAAUUCAGUUCUAAAUCAUCAGUUUUUAUUUUCAAUAACAAUUUGAUUCUACAAUUGUUGAUUAAUUUAUUUUAUAAAAUGAAAUAUUUCUAAAACGCGCAGAAGCCUUUAAAUGCAUACGAAUAAAGCGAAGUUUAGUAAAUUCAAUUUCGGCAGCUGCUUUGAUUCACCAUUCACACGAGGACAUAAUGAAAGAGACGAAACGAUCACAGCAACGACAACUACAGCCACCAGCACCACGACAGGCACAUCGAGACGCCAACAAACGCGUAACUGUGAUCAUGCGCGACUGGGUGUCUUCUGUGAACCGGUCAAACUGAAUGUCUACGAUAUAUUGCGUAUCAAUGAGUUGUCCUCCUACAUCGGGCUCGGCGUCUUUCAUUCAGGUGUCGAAUUGUAUGGCAGCGAAUUCGCUUAUGGCGGUCAUCAAUUCCCUUUCACUGGCAUUUUUGAAAUGUUGCCACGCGAUUACGCGGAUCUGGGGCCGAAUUUUCAAUUUCGUCAGACGGUACAACUGGGUUGUACGCAAUUCACCAACGAUCAGGUGUAUCAGAUUGUCGAAGAGUUGGGUCAGAAAUUCACUGGCAACUCGUAUCAUUUGAUACAUAAUAAUUGUAAUCACUUCUGUGAUUAUAUGGCGCAAUUUCUUUGUGGUAAAGGUAUACCUGGUUGGGUGAAUCGUUUGGCAACAAUUAGCGGUUAUGUGCCGUUCUUGCAACGUCUACUACCACGCGAUUGGCUGACGCCACGUAGUACGUUGCACGAAAGUGUAACCAUUUUGGAUAACAGUAAUGCAACUUCUUAUGCGAAUGUGUUGAAUAAAGAGAGAUGAAUUUAAUGAAA